GACUCCAAGCUGAGGCUUUUUUUUACUCCAGACUCAGAAUGCAGGCGAAUGCAAAUUGCUCAACGCCAUACCUGGGGCCCAACUGCGAUGUUACCUUUGCGGAAAAUCUCGGCGCGAGCUACCAAGUUGUCCAAGGACUGCUCUGCACGUUGCUCAUUGGAGCGAGCCUGUUUGGUUUGGUACAAAGCUAUCGCAUCACAUGCAAAAAUGGAUGGUGCACCAAGCUCGACAACACUGUGAUUUACCUGUCCACACUGACCGCUAUUUCGGCGGCAAUUCGACAAGUAGACUCGAGCGGAUGGCGCGGCGUCUAUCCCAUUUGGGUGACCUCAGUUCUGUACGAUGUCAGCACUUGCUUCAUCCUGACUGUGUGGAUGCGCGUCGUCCUGUCCUGGGCAACGUUCGUGUCUCGCUCGGUGGCGGCAAGUUUCCGCUCCCGUCUCUUCCAAUGGGGCUACUACGCGGCUGUUGCCUACGCGUGGUUUACUCAGCUAAUAUCGACCUUGUUCAUGUUUACCACUGGACCCUACUGGGCAGGAAAGGUUGCCAUGUACGCCCUGCUGUGCGGUGUUAUUGCCGCCUUCUUUUGUUGCAGCUUUGUCUUUGCCUACCGCAUUCGAAAGCUCCUUGCGCAAGCCCAGGCACGCUAUGGCGACAGCAGUGCGUCGAGCCACCGGAAGGACAAUCCGUCCUCAAGCAAGGGCGACACCUCAUUCGCCAUUUCGGUGGACGGAUCCAAGAUUGACGGAGCCGCUAGUUCUGCCAAGGCGAAGGCUGCCGAAGGUCUUGCGAGCAAGAGACGAAGGCUAGCCAUUCAACGCAUCUACAGGAUGACAAUGUGGGCCAUGGUCAUUCAGGUUAUCGGGCUCCUUGCGCUCUUUUACAACAUUAUCAAAUGGUCCACGAGUCAGUACAACCUGGACCCGCCGCAUGUGCAGCCAGUGCCAAAGGUGGGCGAUCUGAUCGUUGCCCACAUUUUCGACCUCGUCCACUUUAUGGCGGCCGUGUUCUUCCUCUGGUAUUAUCGUGUCUCGCGAUCGAGGGGCCAAGUCCAGUCGGCCACGAGCGAAUCCGACGAGUCUGCCCACGCCACCAGCACCGACCACCAUCACCAAGACUGGGCCACGAGCUUUAUUUCGCGUGUGGAAGAGAGCGAUCACGCCGCCGAAAUGGUCUAUCGCAGUCCUUCCCAAAUGCUGACAGGGAGCAUGGAGUUUACGCAUGGCGACGCGCCAUCGUUAGCAACGUUGCCCGAGGAAUCCGAGGCAGCCGAUGUGCAUGUGACCAUUGCAGCGUGAGCACCGGUUUUGCAAGUGUGACAGUAUUGUUGUUUGCAUUGAAUGUCGACGCAAUACACUGUACUUGGUUUGUACAGUGGGGCAGACCGUUUUCGCACAAAAUCGUUGCAAAGCGACCGCUUGAGCUUCGACCUUGAGCUGUCUCUCUCGCCCACAUAGUAAAACGGUA